AUAAUUAAUAAUUAGGGUGAUCAAAUAGCGAAUGCUUCUGGGAACUCACAAACUGAAAGGGCCCCUUUAAAUCCUGAGUGAAGCGGAAAGGGUGGGCGUUUCCUGCACGGCACAACACAGCACAACACAGCUGCUAAAGCCGAGCGGAAUCGCUGCUUUUAGGUCUUUGCAGCUUUUCAUCGACUCCUCGGUAAGAUGCUGCAGCUGAAUGACAGCGUGGAUCCGGAGAGCCCGGGUGCAGCUGUCUUACACCCGGCGGACUAUGAUGAUGAGCUGGAGGUGGCGGCCCGGGCUGGAGCUUCAGUGGCCUGCUGCACCCCGCUACAAACACUUACGCCUUUCCAUGUCCACAACCCAACCAUGCGAGCCAAAGUCAAAGAUUAUUUCGUCUUUAGGCCGGGAACCAUUGAGCAGGCGGUAAAUGAUAUCCGCACAGUUGCCUUGCCUUCAGAAGAUGGUGAAGUCCUUAGUGUGUGGCUUCUAGCAGAAAUUGAUCAUUGGAACAAUGAAAAAGAAAGACUGGUACUCAUAACUGAGAGAUCUUUACUGGUGUGCAAAUAUGACUUCAUAAACCUCCAGUGUCAGCAGGUCAUCAGAAUUUCCUUAAACGCUGUGGACACAAUCUCUGUCGGCGAGUUUGAGUUUCCUCCAAAAUCACUCAACAAGAGAGGGGGAAUUGGGAUCCGUGUCCAGUGGGAUAAGCGGCCAAGACCUUCGUUCAUAAACCGCUGGAACCCCUGGGCCACUGAUAUACCCUUCAUCACCUUCACUGAACACCCCAUGGCACACGCAGAUGAAAAGGUGGCUUCCCUCUGCCAGCUUGAGAACUUCAAAACGCAGCUCGUCCAGGCUGUGAAGAAAGCCCAUAAAGAAUGCCCCAUUCCGGGCCGAGCCAAUGGUGUUUUGAUCCUUGAGCGCCCACUCCUGAUCGAGACUUACCUGGGCAUCAUGUCCUUUAUCAACAAUGAAGCCAAAUUGGGUUACUCAAUGACAAGGGGGAAAAUUGGCUUUUAACUGCUGAAUUCUUGUACUCAUCCUUCAGUUAAGUGCUGUUUUUGCGUGAUAUUGCAACAUUUGAGUAUGUGAGUUGAAAACAUCCUUCUCAUUUUGUUGUUGGAUGUAUGCGGCGUGUGAGAUGUGCCAGGCAGUGAGGUGUGCUCACUGCAUCAGUAUGUGCCUGGACGCCCCCGAUGCCGAUGUACAUGCCCUCUCCAUAGGCAGUGUUAAUCUUCCUCUGUCCAUGCCCCUCUGUAUUAACACAGCCUUUCUAAUGUGCUUGAAUGGUUUGGAAACACAGUGUGUGUAUGGCCAUGACCACAAUGAUGACUGAUGUUCAUUUGAUGUCCAGAUUAACCUGUUACUAGCAUGCUUUGUUGACCAUUGAACAUUUGUAUCUUUUUGAGGCAGUCUUGAAAAGGCUGAAGUCUUGGGCAGUGAUAAGAAAUCCUCACUAAUAUACUGGGCUCACAGAUCAUAAGUUAACUACAAGCUUUAUAACCUACUGUAUACCCACUUAACCAAGUUAUAUGGUUUGGGAAAGACUUGUUUUGCAUUUUUCUGGUGUUGCAUUUUGGACUGACUGGCUUUCCAAUAAAAACUAGUGGAGUUAUGAGGUUCGUCACUUUUAUGGGCCUCAUUCAUGAAACGAGAAGAACGAAUUUGUUUAAAUUGUUUGUGAAACCAAAACUUACAUAAAUGAAACAAGCUCUCGAUUUGAUUCCGAUUUCGAUAUGGUUCGAUUUGGAUUAAUUUGGGUAUAUUUCAAUUAUAAUGUCCAUUUUGCUUACAUAUGGAAGAAAUUCUCAGUUAAUGCUGUAAAUUAUACAGGGAACCUUCUAACUUGGUUCAUCAUGAAAAUAUUAAUAAAUAAAUAAAUAAAGUGACAAUAGAGCCCAACCUAUGCAGUUCAAUUGCUAUUUUUUAACAGAUAUUAUAAUCGACACAAACAACCAAAAUUGUACUUAAAAAAAAUUCCCAGAUCAAUUUAAGGUUAAGAAUCAAUAUCGGAAUCAUUCAAAUGAAGAUUGCGAUUUAAUGGGAAAAUUAUUAUUUGUGGUAAAAUACGCUAGCUACCACCCCUGGAGUUCGCUAGUUCGAAUCCCAGGUCGUGCUGAGUGACUCCAGCCAGGUCUCCUAAGCAACCAAAUUGGCCCGGUUGCUAGGGAGGGUAGAGUCACAUGGGGUAAACUCCUCGUGGUCGCUAUAAUGUGGUUCGUUCUCGGUGUGGCGCGUGGUGAGUUGAGCGCAGAUGCCGCGGUGGAUGGCGUGAAGCGUCCACACGCGCUAUGUCUCCGUGGCAACGUGCUCAACAAGCCACGUGAUAAGAUGCGCGGUCUCAGACGCGGAGGCAACUGGGAUUCGUCCUCCACCACCCGGACUGAGGCGAAUCACUACGCGACCACGAGGACUCAAAAGCACAUUGGGAAUUGGGCAUUCCAAAUUGGGAGAAAAAGGGGGAAAGAAAUUUGCUCUGCUGGCAUUUUAUGAAUGAGGCCUAAUGUUCAAAAAAAUGAAAUCAAACUGCAUGUCUUGUGAAUAUUACAUUAAAUAAAAACUACUGAGGCUUGUGUUAUAUAAAUUGUAUUUUCUUUAUUUUACAUUGUGAUGCAGUGCUUUGGCCUUUACAAAAUAUUGUUCCACUUGUCACAUUACUGUACUGCAGCUAUGUGAGGCUUGCUAACAAAACAAAAAAAAUCAAAUGACAGCUAUCAUCUUUCAGUAAAGCUUAAGAGUUCUGAAUGCAGUUGAUUUGAACUGUUUCUGAAGAUAAUAGUUGUGGUUUUACUUUUGUGCCACAUUGCUUACAUCCAAGACCUGAAAUUUAUAUUUCAAAUUGACUGCUCUACUACUACUUUGUUAAAAAGGGGAAUCUCAUGAAGUCCUGAAUAAACCUGGGUCAUAAUUCACUCCAAAAGAAAAAAGGUCUCUAUAAUAACUAUCAUUUAUCAUAAUGAUUUAAAAAAAAUUUUUUUUAAAUAAAUAAAAUUAACUUUACAUAAUGCUUAACAGAUCCAUAGUUCAUAAAAUGUAAAUAUAUUUAUAAGAAAUAUUUUAAUACAAUUUAUGACAUUUCUGUAUUUGCAUGUAUAUUAACUAAUUAUGUUUAAAGCCUUGCAUAAUAUUCUAAUGUGUGUUGUUUAAAAAAGUAUUCUAAAACACCAAUAUUGUAGUGUUAAUAAAUUAUAUUUUGCCUGAAGAAAAUGAAACCUAACUGUCAUUACUAUAAUGUGAAAUGUCACUCAUCACUGUAAUACAGUAAUUCACUAUAUGAGCAUAAAUUAUUCACUACACCCAACACUUAAUAAUAGUAUUAUUUUAUCAAGAAUAAUGUAUAAUUAUUGUUAAUAAUAUAAUUAUUAUAGUAUUAAUCAUUAAUAUUAUUUAUAAACGAAUCAUUUAUAUUGUGUAUUUUUUAAUUAAGCUAAAUAUCAUUUGUGAAAAUAUGACCCAGAUAUGUUCUUGAUUUUUUUUUUUUUUUUUCUUCAACUGGAAACACCACCUACCUAACAUUUAUUAUUUUCACAUUUGAAACCUGUUCAAAUCCCUGCAACUGCAGAUUUCAAAGUGAAUUUCAGGUCUAAUUGUGGGGACUGUAAACCUAAUCAAAGCAAGUCUACUGCUACAUUUUUAUGUUUUGUGUGUGUGUUUUAUUAACUGCUAAGAUUGAAGAAGUGAAAGUUGGCAUUAAGUAGACAAAUACAUGUUUGUGCUUCAGUUACUGAAAACAUGGACAAUACUAAAUCCAUUUCAUUAAAGGCUUUUAGCUUAUUUUUAACCAAGGAAAAUUGAUAAGGAAUAGAAAUUAGUGAAGAUUUCCUCAGGUCAAGUUGUUCAACAAGUUUGCUUUAAUCUGUUUGCUUUAGGAUGUAUUUCAAAGUGGGAAAUUCCGAUCAUCGAGGUUGUCCACUGUUGAGUGAUUACGGGUUUUGAAACUUUGAAGUAUUUUCUUCACACACAUGCACUUUUUUUGGCCAAGCCCCUAUUUCGCUUUAUCUGCAGCCAUAGAGAUACAGUCGUACUCAUGAUGUCAUGAUUUUCUUUAAAUACUCCAUAGAAUGUAUUUCUGUUUUUCUUUUAUUUUUUUUAUGCGAAGUUGUGCAUGA